CUGUAAUGGCUGAGUCCUGACUUGCUCAGAGGUGUGUUUGUGUUGGUUUAAUUUUUAGUAGUGCACCAUCAGGGGCGUUUCCUGCCCUGUUUGUGGUGGGCGGGGCCUCUGUUCAUGUGUGUUUGAAUGAGGAGGGAAAUAAGGCGAAUCACAGCGUUCACUCUGACCUCUGGACUGUGAAACUGAACACAGCUGCAUCUUAGACACUUCACUGGGAUGGUUGCUGAAGCUGCUGAGGUCAGAGGUUGUGUUUAAACUGAGUUCACUGCUGUGACGGACAGGUGAGGGUUGUUUUCCAUCCUCCGUCCGAUUGGACAGGACAUUGUCGUGGUUAAACUGUGUGAUGACUUGUCCAUCUUCGCUCUGACGUCUGCUCUGGUUGUACUCUGAAUCGCCUGGCGAUGGAGGAGUGGGCGUUGCCCGACCCGUCGCAGCAGGUCAGCUACAACCAGCUGGAGGGGCGCUUCAAACAGCUGCAAGAUGAACGCGAGGCGGUGCAGAAGAAGACAUUCACCAAAUGGGUCAACUCCCACCUGUCCAGAGUCUCCUGCAGGAUCACAGACUUGUACAUGGACCUGAGGGAUGGACGCAUGCUCAUUAAGCUGCUGGAGGUUCUGUCCGGAGAGAGACUGCCGAAGCCAACCAAAGGCCGGAUGCGGAUCCAUUGUCUGGAGAAUGUGGACAAAGCUCUGCAGUUCCUCAAGGAGCAGCGAGUUCAUCUGGAGAACAUGGGGUCACAUGACAUCGUGGAUGGAAACCACCGCCUCACGCUGGGCCUGAUCUGGACCAUCAUUCUUCGCUUCCAGAUUCAGGACAUCAGUGUGGAGACGGAGGACAACAAAGAGAAGAGGUCAGCCAAAGACGCACUGCUGCUCUGGUGUCAGAUGAAGACGGCUGGGUAUCCAAACGUGAACAUCCACAACUUCAGCACAAGCUGGAGAGAUGGCAUGGCCUUCAACGCCCUCAUCCACAAACACCGGCCUGAUCUGAUUGACUUUGACAAAUUGAAGAAAUCCAACGCUCACUACAACCUGCAGAAUGCCUUUAACCUGGCAGAGCAACACCUGGGCCUCACCAAGCUGCUGGACCCAGAGGACAUCAGUGUUGACCAUCCUGAUGAGAAGUCUGUCAUCACUUACGUGGUCACAUAUUACCACUACUUCUCCAAAAUGAAGGCCCUGAAGGUGGAGGGUAAAAGAAUUGGAAAGGUUCUGGACAAUGCCAUUGAGACAGAGAAGAUGAUCGAGAAAUAUGAGUCUCUGGCUUCAGACCUGCUGGAGUGGAUCGAGCAGACCAUCAUCAUCCUCAACAACAGGAAGUUUGCUAACUCUUUGGUGGGCGUCCAGCAGCAGCUCCAGGCCUUCAACACCUAUCGCACUGUGGAGAAACCUCCAAAGUUCACAGAGAAGGGGAACCUCGAGGUCCUUCUCUUCACCAUCCAAAGCAAAAUGAGAGCCAAUAACCAGAAGGUUUACAUGCCACGGGAGGGAAAACUCAUCUCUGACAUCAACAAGGCCUGGGAGCGACUGGAGAAGGCAGAGCAUGAGAGGGAACUGGCCCUGAGGACGGAGCUGAUUCGUCAGGAGAAACUGGAACAACUGGCUCGACGCUUUGACCGUAAGGCAGCGAUGAGGGAGACAUGGCUCAGUGAAAAUCAGAGGCUUGUAUCGCAGGACAACUUUGGUUUUGACCUCCAGGCUGUCGAGGCAGCCACAAAGAAACAUGAGGCCAUCGAGACAGACAUUGCGGCAUACGAGGAGCGUGUGCAGGCCGUGGUUGCCGUGGCGAAGGAGCUGGAGGUAGAGCAUUACCAUGACAUUAAACGCAUCGCCGCCCGGAAGGACAACGUUAUCCGGCUGUGGGAGUAUCUCCUGGAGCUGCUGAAGGCCCGCAGACAGAGGCUGGAGAUGAACCUGGGCCUGCAGAGGGUCUUCCAGGAGAUGCUCUACAUCAUGGACUGGAUGGACGAGAUGAAGAUGCUGCUGCUGUCUCAGGACUAUGGGAAACACUUACUGGGUGUGGAGGACCUGCUGCAGAAACACACCCUGGUGGAGGCAGACAUUGGCAUCCAGGCCGACAGAGUGAAGGCGGUUUCCACCAAUGCCAACAAGUUCUCAGUAAACGACAGUGGCUACAAACCAUGUGACCCUCAGGUGAUCCAGGACCGGGUGGCCCACCUGGAGUUCUGUUACCAGGAGCUGACCCAGCUCGCUGCAGAGCGCCGUGCCCGUCUGGAGGAGUCCCGCCGUCUCUGGAAGUUCUUCUGGGAGAUGGCGGAAGAGGAGGGCUGGAUCCGUGAGAAGGAGCAGAUCCUGUCAUCUUUGGAGCACGGGAAAGACCUGACAGGGGCGCUGCGCCUCCUCAGCCAACAGAGGGCACUGGAGGAUGAGAUGAGUGGCCGUGCCGGACACCUGCAGCACACCAUCACUGAAGGCCAGACCAUGGUGCAGGCUGGACACUUCGGUGCUGUGAAGAUCCAGGAGCGAAUUGCAGACCUGCAGGCUCAGUGGGCGGAGCUGGAGCAGCUGGCAGCCGUGAGGAAGCAGAAGCUGGAGGAGGCGCUGGCACUGCACCAGUUCCAGGCCGACGCAGACGAUGUGGACGCCUGGACGCUGGAUGCUCUGCGCAUUGUGUCCAGUGGAGAGACAGGCCACGAUGAAUUCUCCACGCAGGCACUGGUGAGGAAACACAAGGAUGCUGCAGCGGAGGUGGCCAGCUACCGACCCGUCAUCGACUCACUCCAUGAGCAGGCCACCACCCUCCCCAAAGAGGAGGCGGAGUCCGAGGAAGUGCACGGGCGGCUGGUUGGCAUUGAGGAACGCUACAAGGAGGUGUCAGAGCUGACGAAGCUGAGGAAGCAGGCACUGCAGGAUGCUCUGGCACUCUACAAGAUGUUCAGUGAAGCUAACGCCUGCGAGGUGUGGAUUGACGAAAAGGAGCAGUGGCUGAACAGCAUGGAGAUCCCUGAAAAACUGGAAGAUCUGGAGGUCAUACAGCACAGGUUUGAAAGUCUGGAGCCAGAGAUGAACAACCAAGCUUCUCGUGUGGCUGUGGUGAACCAGAUCGCCCGGCAGCUGAUCCAUAAUGGGCACCCAAGCGAAAAUGACAUCAAGUCCCAGCAGGACAAACUAAACAACAGGUGGAGCCAGUUCCGUGACCUGGUGGACCAGAAGAAGGAAUCCCUUAACUCGGCUCUUGGUGUGCAGAACUACCACCUCGACUGUAAUGAAACAAAGUCCUGGAUCAAAGAAAAGACCAAAGUGAUUGAGUCCACCCAGGAGCUGGGUAACGACCUCACUGGGGUCAUGGCCUUGCAGCGAAAACUGACUGGGAUGGAGCGUGACCUGGCCGCCAUUGAGGACAAGCUGGGUGAUCUUCGCGGCGAGGCACAGCGCCUGGCAGAGGAACACCCAGACCAGGCCAAGGCCAUCACAGACCGGCUUGCUGAGAUCACUGCCGUUUGGGAGGAAAUGAAGAACACAUUGAAGAACCGAGAGGAGUCUCUGGGCGAGGCCCGGAAGCUACAGCAAUUUCUGCGAGAGUUGGAUGACUUCCAGUCCUGGCUGUCUCGCACCCAGACAGCAAUCGCCUCAGAGGACAUGCCCAACACACUGGCUGAGGCAGAGAAGCUCAUGGCUCAGCAUGAAGGCAUCAAGAACGAGAUCCAGAACUAUGAGGAGGACUACCAGAAGAUGCGGGACAUGGGGGAGAUGGUGACGCAGGGUCAGACUGACGCUCAGUACAUGUUCCUCCGACAGCGGCUGCAGGCGCUUGACACUGGCUGGAAUGAACUGCAUAAGAUGUGGGAGAACCGGCAGAACCUUCUAUCCCAGUCCCAUGCCUACCAGCUGUUCCUCAGAGAUACUAAGCAGGCUGAGGCCUUCCUCAAUAACCAGGAGUAUGUCCUUGCUCACACUGAGAUGCCAACCACUCUGGAAGGUGCUGAGGCUGCCAUCAAGAAGCAGGAGGACUUCAUGACCACCAUGGAUGCCAACGAGGACAAGAUCAAUGGUGUGGUGGAGGCUGGCAGGCGGCUGGCCAGCGAUGGAAACAUCAAUGCUGAACGUAUCCAGGAGAGAGUGGCAUCCAUUGACAACAGACAUAAGAAGAACAGAGAGGCUGCUGUGGAACUGCUGAUGAGGUUGAAGGACAACAGAGACCUGCAGAAGUUCCUCCAGGACUGUCAGGAGUUGUCUCUGUGGAUCAAUGAGAAGAUGCUCACAGCUCAAGACAUGACGUAUGAUGAGGCCAGAAACCUGCACAGCAAGUGGCUCAAACACCAGGCCUUCAUGGCUGAGCUUCAGUCAAACAAAGAGUGGCUUGACAAAAUCCAGAAGGAUGGGACGCUACUGGUGUCGGAGAAGCCUGAGACAGAGGCGGUGGUGAAGGAGAAGCUGUCGGCACUCCACGCGAUGUGGGAGGAGUUGGAGUCAACCACGCAGACCAAAGCUCAGUGUCUGUUCGAUGCCAACAAGGCGGAGCUGUUCACACAGAGCUGUGCCGACCUUGACAAGUGGCUGGCCGGUUUGGAAGGUCAGAUACAGUCUGACGAUUACGGCAAAGACCUGACCUCGGUCAACAUCCUGCUCAAAAAACAACAGAUGCUGGAGAACCAAGUGGAGGUGCGGCAGAGGGAGGUGGUGGAGCUGCAGAGCCAGGUGAGGGCGCUGGGUCAGGAGGUGAAGGACACAGAUGAGGUGGAUGGACGCAGGCAGGUGGUGGAGAACAAGUUCCAGGAGCUGCUGGAGCCACUGCGACGGCGCCGAAACUUCCUGGUGGCAUCAAGGGAAGUUCACCAGUUCAACCGUGAUGUGGAAGACGAGAUCCUCUGGGGUCAGGAAAGGAUGGCUGUGGCCACAUCUACCGAUCACGGACACAACCUACAGACGGUCCAGCUGCUCAUCAAGAAGAACCAGACUCUGCAGAAGGAGAUCCAGGGCCAUCAGCCUCGUAUUGAUGACAUCCUAGAGCGCAGUCAGAGUCUCCUUAAAGAUGACUCGUCUGGCGCCAGUGCCCUCCACCAGCGUUUGGCCGACCUCCAGCAGCUAUGGAGGCAGCUGAUGGAGGAGGCGGCUUGUCGUCAUGGACGCCUGGAGGAGGCGCACAAGGCCCAGCAGUACUACUUUGAUGCUGCCGAGGCUGAGGCCUGGAUGAGUGAACAGGAGCUGUACAUGAUGUCGGAGGAGAAGGCCAAGGAUGAGCAGAGCGCUGUCACCAUGUUGAAGAAACACCAGAUCAUGGAGCAGGCAGUGGAGGACUAUGCUGAGACGGUUCAUCAGCUGUCGAAGACCAGCAGAGGACUGGUGUCUGACGGACACCCAGAGAGUGAGCGGAUCAGCAUGCGUCAGUCGCAGGUGGACAAACUGUACGCCGGUCUGAAGGACCUGUCAGAGGAGAGGCGUGGCAAACUGGAGGAGAGGCUCCGCCUCUUCCAGCUGAACCGUGAGGUGGAUGACCUGGAGCAGUGGAUCGCAGAGAGGGAAGUGGUGGCCGGGUCACAUGAACUGGGACAGGACUAUGAACAUGUCACGAUGUUGCAGGAGCGUUUCCGGGAGUUUGCCCGGGACACGGGGAAUAUUGGUCAGGAGCGUGUCGAUGCCGUGAACCGCCUGGCAGACGAACUCAUCAACGCAGGCCACGGUGACGCUGCCACAGUGGCAGAAUGGAAGGACGGGCUGAAUGAGGCCUGGGCCGACCUGCUGGAGCUCAUUGACACCCGGACACAGAUCCUUGCAGCCUCCUUCGAGCUCCACAAGUUUUACCAAGAUGCCAAGGAGAUCUUUGGGCGAAUCGUGGACAAACAGAACAAACUCCCAGACGAGGUUGGACGAGACCAGAACACGGUGGAGACUCUGCAGAGGAUGCAUACAACCUUCGAACACGACAUCCAGGCACUUGGGAUGCAGGUGCGUCAGCUACAGGAGGAUGCUGUGCGCCUUCAGUCAGCAUACGCUGGUGAUAAAGCUGACGAUAUCCAGCGCAGGGAGAGUGAGGUCCUGGAGGCAUGGCGGACUCUGUUGGAAGCGUGCGACGGCCGCAGGCUCCGCCUCCUUGACACUGGGGACAAGUUCCGGUUCUUCAGUAUGGUUCGGGACCUGAUGCUAUGGAUGGAAGAUGUGAUCCGGCUCAUCGAGGCCCAAGAGAAUCCCAGAGACGUGUCAUCAGUGGAGCUUCUGAUGAACAACCAUCAGGGCAUAAAGGCAGAGAUUGAUGCCCGCAAUGGCAGCUUCACCUCCUGCAUUGAGCUCGGAAAAGCCCUGUUGGCCAGAAAACACUACGCAUCAGAGGAGAUUAAGGAGAAGCUCCUGCAGCUCACCGACAAACGGAAAGACAUGAUUGACAAGUGGGAGGACCGAUGGGAAUGGCUCCGCCUUAUCCUGGAGGUCCACCAGUUUUCCCGGGACGCUGGUGUGGCCGAGGCGUGGCUGCUGGGGCAGGAGCCCUAUCUGUCCAGCAGGGAGAUGGGUCACAGCGUGGACGAGGUGGAGAAGCUCAUCAAACGCCACGAGGCCUUUGAGAAGUCGGCCGCUACCUGGGAGGAACGCUUCUCUGCCCUGGAGAGGCUAACAACGUUGGAGCUGCUGGAGGUGAGGAGGCAGCAGGAAGAGGAGGAGAGGAGGAGGAAGCCCCCAACUCCAGAGCCUGUUCAGCAGGACGACGCCCAGCUGCAGAGUGCUGCUGUUAUUCAGAACGGACUCCCAUCGGAUCAGGACUCUCCUCCGUCUGCCGGGGAAGGCGGUCCUUUGGUUAACGGUGUGGCCGAGCGCAGCUCCAAAGAGCCAAGCCCCACCCCCUCGCCAACCUCUGGCAGGAAGAGUAAAACCAGCCAGUCGUCAACGCUACCGCCAAAGACCCAGGACUCAUCACAGACAUCGCAGCUUGAAGGCUUUCUGCACCGCAAACAUGAGUGGGAGGGGCAUAACAAGAAGGCGUCCAAUAGGUCAUGGCAUAAUGUUUAUUGCGUCAUCAACAACCAGGAAAUGGGCUUCUACAAGGACAGCAAAGCAGCCAAUCAGGGAGUUCCGUACCACAAUGAACUGCCAGUCGGGCUGAAGGAUGUGACCUGUGAUGUGGCGUCAGAGUACAAGAAGAAGAAGCACGUCUUCAAGCUCAGAGUCUCUGAUGGAAAUGAGUAUCUGUUUCAAGCCAAAGAUGAAGAGGAGAUGAGCACAUGGAUCCAGGCCAUCCUGAAUUCCGCCUCAGAGCACUCCGACGUCCAGGGCAGUAACCCUGGCACCCCGGUGUCUGGGCGCGCUCAGACACUGCCGGCCUCAGUGAUGCUCGGCACCGACUCAAGUCCUGGGAAGAGGGAGAAGGAGAAAGAGAAGGAGAAACGCUUCAGCCUGUUCAAGAAGAAGCAGUAAACGGCGUCUGUGCCGCGGCGACACCGCCCAAUCAGGGCGCAUGCUCUGACCACAUCUCUGAUGUCAUUUACACUGCAUUUAAUGUGUCCUUAUGCAUCUCAGCUAAAAUGGAAAGAACUGGAAGCUCAGAGUGUGCGUCCGGAUUUAACUUGACAAUGGAUUGAUCCAGAGAAAAAUAUGAACGAACCCUGGAUAAUGAGUUCAGGGUUUGACAGUAAAACUGGGACUGACCAGGAUCUGAAGGUGGACCUGGUCUCACCUGGCUCUGGAAAACCUUUGUUAAGUUAAAGCGGCCGAGUCGAGCAGCUGCUGACCUCUGAAAUGUCAACCGCUGAUGAGAAGCAGAUUUCACACAAACCUCAAACAUUGAAGAACCCGUUAAAAAUAUGAAUGUUUUCUUUAUAAUGAAAACAUCGAAUGUCACAGAUAAAGAGUGAAAGUGGGUUUGAAGUGAAUAAAUAAAUGCUGGACAAUGUGGACCAAUCAGAGCUGGUCCUGAGGUCGGUGGUUGAUCGCGUCUCGCCACGGUGCGGCAUCGCCUCAUUUUUCUGUUCAUUUUCUUGUUUGGUUUGGAUUCCUCUGUGUGAUUGGUCAAUUGUCCACACACAUUUAUUUUUGUUAUUUUUUUUAUCCUUAUUUUUUUACAGUUCUUUUUGAGCGAGUUGUUGAAGGUUUCCUCAGUUUUUUGAGGGUGUCUGAUGAGACAUUCUUCUUCUGCCGCUGAGAAAUUGGACCAAUAGUGCAUCUUAUCGACUACUUUCACUCCGCGCACACAGCCAAUCAGCUUUCAGGAGCUGUGUGAUGUAGAAACGUCCACUUUGCAUGCAUCGCCUGAAAAAAAGCUCACCUCAGAGUAAAAAUGCUCUCUUGGUUUUUUAUCCUGUUUGGUUCUGAUGAAGGUUCUGAUGCAGAUGGAACAGAUCAGUGUAGAAUCUAAGGCAUCGCUGUUUGACAGUUUGAUGGUUUAACAGUUCGAUGGUUUGAUGGUUCGAUGGCCUGUAAAUGGAGGUUGCUUGCUCGUUGUCGGCUCUGCACCGCUGCUCUUUGAUACUCGUGUCGCUCUCUGUCACUGUAUAUCUAUUGUACUGAACACGUAUGGAAGUGAAACUCAUCUUAUGCACAAUCGGUGAACAUCCACAGGAACGAAGGAGGCCAAUAUUUAAACCAAACUAGAACAUUAAGGCUUUUCUCAUGUAUGAACCUGCACCUGUAGUCUCUAAAGCUCUGUCCAAUAUGUGCAACGUCAUUAAACGCUUUUAAACUUUA